UAUGGUAAGCUGAAAUAGCUGUUUGUGUCUUUGUAGGCAUAGGCCUUUUAGAGAAAAUGGCUGGAAAGGAGAUUGAAUUACUGAAGAAUCAAGAAAUGGAACUUUAUCUAGUUAACAAGGAGUACCUGGCUGAUGAACCAUUCCAAGAUAUUCCAAAUCUCCAGGAAAAACUGGAACUGCUGAAGGGUGCAUUUCUGGAAUAUGAUGCUAUGCACACAGGAGAAAUUGACUAUCUGACACUGAGCAACCUACUGAGGGAGUUCCAAGUUUUCCGAAGCUUGUUGGAGCUCAGGGCGCGAGUCCAAGACAUCACUGGGAACACAGGCAGCACUGUUCCUUACAAGGACUUUGUUAUGGCUAUGCUGGGACGAAGAUCGACUAUGUGCCAGCGAUUCUUACAAUACAGUGGGAAAGAAGGUGAUGCUGUGAAGAAGCCCUCCCUGAUAGAGCCUGGCUCACAUGCAAGCUACUUGGGGCCUGAGACGGAGUGCAUUUCCUCUCCACUUUCUACUCUCCCACCACCACCACCACCUCCAUCUCCAGUGGAUGGCUAGUUUAAGACCUACCCUGCUGCAUAAGAAACCUGGAAGGCACUGACUUGAUAUACACAAAGGCUUGCUGAGGAAGCAAACCUUGUACAGGGCAUCUUGGAUACUCUAGGUAUAGCUCAGAUCCUUCUAAAUAAAAAGCUACCCAAGGCAAGGCACAUUAACUUGUCUGUGGGCUGUCUAUGAUCUUACACGGGAGAGAACCAGUGAUAUUCCCCACCCCACCCCGUCCCUGUGAGUAGUGCCAAUAGGUUUUGCUGAACUUAGUGCCAUAUCAACAUGUAGCAAGACUGUUCCUGCCCCAAAGACCUUGGUCUCGGACAAGACUUGCACAUGAACUUUUGGGGUUGAAGGAGCAAGGGAGUGAGGUUUCGGGCCAUGCAUUGGUGACAGCCAGGAACAGAAUUUAGCUGUCCCAGGCCAGUUCCUGAAGUUCUAUGAAUCUACUGUUCUUGCCUAGGUUAGUCCUUUCAUGUAUAUAAUAGAAGAGGGCUCAAAGUCCUGGAAUCCAACCCUUUGCUGAAGACUGACUGAAAGACACACAAAAGUACAAUUCUGUUGUGUUGAUGGUUUUUUUUUCCUGCUACCUUGGCAGUAGUGUCUGAGAUUCUCAGAUGCAGGAUUCAGGGAGCUGGGUUUCCCUUUCUUAAAAGCCGGUGAUAGGGAGGGAGGUGGCAAACAUUGGGAGAUUCUCAAUAAUAGUGUGGGAAUUGACAGUACUGUGUAAAAGCAGGCUUCCUCAGAGCCUGCUAUCAAAAGAAAUUCUUGGGAGCUGAGAAUGCAGUAAAAGAGGAUAUCUUGCUGGUAUCUGUUAAAGACAGUCAAACAUGCCAUAUUCUCUCACAUACAGGAUACUUGUUGCUGGAAGUAGGGCAUAUUAUCUGUGGAGAAAAAUGGUAAGAGCAUUUUCUGCCGGUUGCUGGGCAGGUUCCUGAGAGGGUCAGGUCUCCAGUUGCUGCUACUCAGUCAUUACAAGGAAACAUAUAAUAUAUAUAUAUACAUACACAUACAUAAAUAUAUAUAUAUAUUUCCUUUCAUAAAUGAAGUGAGCAACUUAUUCCAGGGUGUGGUGUAUGUAAAGAAAAUACAGUAUGUUGAGUUAGUUCUACAGACAAGAUAUAGGUUUGUAUGUAAGUCUUGCUCCUAAGCUUGCUCACUUAUCCCACACCCCUCGGUCCCCAUUCCCCAGUAGCUUUCUUGGCCAAGGUUGGUACCUCUUUAAAACCUAGUGACUCCCAGCUAGAGCUUGAGUUGAGCAUGAGAGGUCUUGCUCUCAUUUUGGUGGCUAAUUCCAUGCCCCCCUCCCCCCUUGCUUGCCAGGAGGAUGCUGGCUAGAACUGAAGUGCUCCUCGUUCUCCAGAGCCUUCCCAAGAUCGGUUUCCUUGUAUGCAGAAGAACAGGUAAAUUCUCCCAGGAUUCACAGGCAAAGAAAUGUAGAGGGAUUUGACUUACUGCAUCACAGAGAGCCAUGCUUGUAGCACGUCUCGAUGCGAAUGGUGAGUGCAGUGCAAGUGAGAGUAUAAUGGCUGGUCCCUGGUCUAGGCUAAAACAGGGACUCUGCUCAAAGGAGCAGCAUGCAGAGUCCAACUCUCUAGUGAAGAUGUAGACAUCCACUCAUGAUGCAAAUCUCCAGCUACCACCAAUGCCUCCUUAUGACAUCUGUCUUAGGAGUCCCACCCAGGCCUGCCUGGCCCACCAAAGCUACCAAGCUGUUGCUACUGGAUGCUGCAAAGCAGCUGGAGUCCUUAAUGUGACAUUUUUCAGCCUUUAAUGCCGAAUAGGAUUUUUUCUUUUACCUCUAUAGUCUUUUAAUCAUUAAAAGUCAACAGAUUAACUGGCAGUAUAGGUUAUUUCUUCAUGUAAAUUUAUACCGCAAGCCCUCAUCUGAUCUGAAUACAGAUGACCAGCAUCAAUUAAGGAUUUGAAUGAAUUUGUAUUCUAACUUGUAUACUUAGAGGUAUUUUAUUUUUUAAUUGGCUCAUCCUACCUGCUGAACUUCCCCAUUUUGUUCAGCUCUACAAGCAAUCAGUUGUUUCCAGUUCUCUUAUUCAUUUCAUUCUUGGGGCACUGACUUCUCAAGAUGUGCAUCUGUUAUUGCAACUUUGACACUUGCUAAUUGGAUGAAAACCUGGUGAGAUCCUCUCUCCACUGAAGUGAAAGGCAAAGUUCCCAUUCACUUCAAGGGGCAGGAGGGGGCAGCACAAGAUUUUAGCCAUUGGCUGAACAAGCCAAAUUUAAUCCUGACAAACAUGAUGAUUUCAGUCUCCUUCUCUGCAUGGAGAUUUAGGCCAGAAAGGAUCAUUAAAGGUCUGAGUAGAUGAUCUAGUAUGUUAUGGGUCAUAAAACCUCACCCAAAUGCACUGAGUCAAACCCAAAGACUUUAGUUAAGCCAAAUAUUUCUGAAAUGUGCACCACAGAGAGAAAAGAGAUACAACCAGGAUGUUCCUGGUAACUAAGGCCCUUGCAAACAAGGAAUUAAGCAGAUGAGAGAGAUCCAGAUGAUUCCCAGUAGGUGCACCAUGACCCUCCCUGCAGAAGAAAGAGAACCGUUCCCCAGGCCCCUCCCAAUCUGACCUGGGGAGGAAAAGGGAUUUCUUCUUGGCCCAAACUCUAGUACUUGGUUUGAUCCUCCAUAUAAGGCACAGCCUAGCACCUGAGAGCAUUUUCUGUGCUAUUUCAGUCGGCCUCAUUUAAUAUCUUGUCUCUAGUUGCAUGCAGAAGAUAGUGUCCAAAAAAUACCUAUAGUCUAGUUUAUGCUUCAGAGAGGAAAAAAUCCCUCCUAAUCCCUACAAGUAACCAACCAAAGCCCUGGAGCAUGGGAUGUAAUGGUAAUUGUUGUUUUAAAGCAGAGCUUCGGGUUUUAUGAAGAGAACUAUACAAGCAAUUCUGUGCUCCCCCCAGGCUGAUAAAGGAAGAGUGUGAACAAUGAACUAAUGAUGUAGAGCCCUUCCACAUACUUAAACCAAAGAAUUUCUCCCACGUGCUGGCUCUAAGUGUAUUAUUUAGGAAACUAUCAAAACUCCCCUUACAGAUUCCUAGAGAUAAGUCCAUCACUUUUCCUGGUAAGCUGGUUUAAAGUUUAACCACCAGUACUGUUAGGAAACUGCAUCUUGUAUCAGAGUUAACCCAACCUAAAGUCACUGAAUCUCCUUUUCCUUUCUCAGCAAGGUCAAAAAUCCCCCACAAUCAAACACUUGCUCCAUGUGUAAGUGGUUAGACAUAGUCACCCUUCAGCCUUCUGUUUGAUGAGAUGAGCUCCUUAUGUCUUGGCCCGCAGGGCUUGUUUCCAACCUAUGAAUCAUUUUUGUGUUCAAGAAGAACUGAGCUUCUGAAAAAUCAAUCCAGAUCUUCAGUGCUGAACUCUCAUGAAAAGGUGACCUGUAUAUUCCCAUAGCAUGGAAUUCCCUCUAGCAUUUUGCUUUAAAACAAGAAA